AAAUCUUUUUUUUUUUCUGUAACUUUGUUCUUUUUACAAGUGGAAGUUUAAUAUUUAAUUUAGAAAGUUAUUAUUAUAAGUCUAUGUGGGUCAAGACAACAAUCAAUGCAUCUGUACAAAGUCUUAAAGAAAGCUUAUGUCUUUUUGGUUUCCAACUAUUUUCCCAUCAUGUGAACUUUGGCCAAAAGAGUCAUCUUUCUUGGCUCUUCUGAGUCUUUUUGGCUUAAAUAUUCUCAUAAGUUAGACUUUAAGUAAUGGGUCUUCCUCAAACUUGAGAAAAACACAAAUCUUUUUUAUUGAGGUUUAUUGUAAGUUUCUUGAAUCUUGAAUGGUAAAAAAAAUGUCAUCUUUUAGUGGUCUAGAGAUUGGUUUGGGUGUCCUCUUUGUAUGUAUUCUCUUGGUUCUAUCUGCUGAGCUCUACUAUCUUCUGUUUUGGAAGAAAAGGCUCUCCAAAAAAAGGGUAGAUGUUGAAAACCAACAUAUUCCAUCUUCCAACAUUACCCACUCUUCUUACACUUCAUGUUGGAAAACCUCAAAAUCCAUCAAAACCCAAGAAAAAGAUAUGCAAACCCAUAUCAAACAACAAGAUUCAGACAUGGGUUUGGGUAAAGAUUUGGUGUUAAAAGGAUUGGGAGAUGAAAGUUUGGAUCUUGAGCUCAUGAGGCUGCAUAACCUAUGUGGACCACCUAGGUUUCUGUUCACAAUCAAUGAAGAGACCAAAGAAGAUUUGGAGUCUGAGGUGAGCAAAAAGGGGUCAAGAACAGGAAGCUUUAGUGACAUUCUUGAUACUUUGGGGACACCAUUUUUGUCUCCUCUUGCUUCACCAUUAAAGGUCCCACAACAACACAACUUGGAGGCUUAUGCUUAUAAUUACAAUGGAAUGAAUCCUCUGUUUGACUCCAAUGAGUUUGGGAUUAACAAGAUGAGAUCUUCACCACCACCAUCAUUCAAGUUCUUGAGAGAUGCAGAAGAAAAGCUUUUGAAAAGAUUGAUGCAAAUGGAGGGUGAGAAAAGGGGAAUUCUCAAGAGUGUGGAUCAAGAUUCUCCAAGAAAACAAGAGGGAAAAGAUGCUUCUUUUGUGAAAUUUGUUGUUAGUAAAGGUAAAAGUGAAGGUGGGCAUCAUCUUGUUUCAACAAGUUCAAAGGUUCUUCCAUUGCCUUGUUCUCCUACUAAAACAACAAUGGCUACAAUUGACAAGAAAAGGUGAGUGGUGGAUUUACCAAUUCAUUUUCUAUGUUUGGUUUAUUUUCCAUAUUAAAUAAUGAUUGAAGAAUAUAUAUACUUUGUGUUUCACCCAAUAGGUAGAAAGAGAGAUGGUGUUUUGUGUAAUUGUUGGUGAUUUUAGUGUUAUCAAUUCUUGUAAGUAACUUAUGUUUAUUUAAAAUUAAGGGGGAAUUCCUAAUUCCAAGUAAA